AUGUUUUCACCCCUUUCUGUGGGUCAUAAACUCAUGCUCAAUGAAACGGAAACCUGCUUUGCAUGUCCAGUGUGUCUUUUUCUCAAACCUAGAUGUAAGUUGGAGGCCUACCUGUUGUUUUGUAUGAGCGCCCUCUGCAGUGGAUUUACAGUACCCCCGGUUAAAUUACAUUUCCCAGCAUUUCUUUCAGUGUACAGGGGUCAAGGCGGGCAGACGAUGACCAGUAAAAGACAAAUCACGCUGUGGUUAUUGUUAGCCUUUUAUUUUAAGUCAGGAGAGUGCUUUAGCAACGGGAAAGUGACCCAAGCAUGUGGAGAAAUGAUACCUGAGCAUGACCACGAUCCCAGCCCCCAAACCCCGCCGUAUAAUAUAACUCUGGACAAGUACCAGUACAAUGCAGGAGAUCAAAUCAGAGUGACCUUAUUUGUAGCUGUGUCAGGAAGCAGCUAUUUCAAAGGCUUUCUCAUCGAGGCACGGGCACAGGGGAAUCUCAAUGGUGGGGCAGUGGGUUCAUUCACCCUUGUUGACCCCAGCAUCUCACAGCUGCUUAAAUGUGGUCACUCAAAGGGGUCAGCAGUGAGUCACACCAGUGGCGCCAAAAAGACAAAAGUCCAAGCCAUCUGGACGGCCCCGGACAACCCUCCUGCCAGCAUCCAGUUCAAGUUCACAGUAGUGCAGAAGUACAAGGUCUACUGGGUGCAGAUACCAGGGCCUGUUGCCACUCUGAACGGGGCCACUGCCGGGCCUCCACAUUUCACCACCACCUCAGAUAGCCCUACCACAUCACCAGCAGUGCUGCCCAAUCCGUUCAGUGCAGAGGACUGUGGGAGCAGGAAGUCUUGCCUGCGGGACCCUGUGAAUUGUGACCCCAGGACUGAGCCACGGUGCUUCUUCCUGUCGUUACGGACAGAGGGACAGAGCGUGCAGUUUGAGCUGAGUGGCCCAGCAGAGGGAUAUGUCUCUUUUGCCCUCUCCCUUGAUACAUGGAUGGGAAAUGAUGAUGUUUAUUUGUGUGUAAGAGAUGGUGACCGAGUGGAAAUCAAUGCUGCCUAUGUACUUGGACGCACUCAUCCUGAAGUGGCAACAGAGAAUGCACUGCGAGACACGGCAUGGGCAAUAGUAGAUGGUGUCAUCCAAUGCAGCUUUCGCAGGGACAUCAACCUCAGUCAGCUCAACCGUUUCAACCUGGACCAGAGCUACUUCCUGUUUGUGGCUCACGGAAAAGCAGAAAAAGGUGUGAUUCAUCGACAUAGCCGUCAGCCGUUAAUCUCCACCCAUCAGAAGGUCGUCAGUGGCCCGCCGGAGGACCUAAGUGCCUCCCGAUCACCCCUGCUCAUCAAGUUUCACGGUGUUUUUAUGCUGGUUGCAUGGAUGACAACGGUCAGCACAGGUGUCAUAUUCGCUCGUUACUUCAAACUCGACUUGCCUGAAAGCUCUUUGCUUGGGCAGAGGGUGUGGUUUCAGAUGCAUCGGGCCCUAAUGGUGCUGACAGUAGUGUUGACUUGUGUGGGUUUCACUCUGCCGUUCAUCUACAGAGGAGGCUGGAGCACACGAGCUGGAUCCCACCCUUACCUGGGCUGCACUGUCAUGGCCCUUGCUGUCAUCCAACCAAUCAUGGCUCUCUUCAGACCACCUCCAGAUUCCUCCAAAAGACCCAUCUUUAAGUGGAUGCAUUUGGGUGCAGGCACCCUUGCACAGAUCAUUGCAGUCGCUGCCAUCUUCCUGGGCAUCCAACAGCAGGCCCUGCUUCUGCCAGCACCAUGGUCCACCGGGGUCCUGGCUGGGUUUGUGGUCUGGGGGGUUUUGGCAGACCUGAUUUUCGAGCUCCACAGUAGAUGCUAUCUUCCACCAGCAGGAAGCAAAGCUGAAGACAGACAGAGCAUCUUAUCCAGCUCUUCGGAGAGAAAAGAGUUCCGGCUCAGAGGGAUCAUUUUGGGUGUCUUCCUCUGUGGAAACCUGGCCUUCCUUACCAGUCUUAUUAGCUUGAUUAGUGAUGUGUGACCCAGGGGGUCUGCGUUACUGAAAACAGCAGAUUAAACUCAGACUCAGAGGAAGGUAGUUCAGUCUUAAAGGGAACAUAUCAUAUUUUACCAAUCAAGUAGCUGUUGGAAAGUUUACAUUUUAAACAUUUUCAUAUAGAGACUUCUAGAUUGUAUACAUUCCAGUCGUGAGCCAAGAUGUAAACACCAGUGAUGUUGCACAUUACAAGUGACUUGAAAUUAUUUGUAAGGGGAGUAUCUGAUUUAUGGUAAAUGUUAGAUAAUAAAAAGAAAUUUACUAGACUGAAUUUAAUUUAGAAAAAGCAAGAACAAUUUGUCCCAGCUCUUGUACUGUUGGAAACCCAGAGUAGGUAGCUGGUGAAGAUUGCUGAAAGCCUCCUGGCUGAAAAUUGUUGUGUUCAGUUAUUUUGAAUCUAACUAUUCCUUAACUGUGCCUUAAACGAUUAAUCGAUCAACAUAUUUGUUGACUUCAACAUCUGUUUUCUAACUAAUUAUCAGCUUAUGUUAAGUCCAGUGUUACGGCCUUGUUUAAUUUCAUAUGUAGUUCUACCCAUUUCAGAUGAUAAUUGGUUGAGAUGGUGAAAGGCACCUGUUGAUGCUCAAUAGUCUGCUGUUUAUGCAUACAGUGCCCAACAAGAUUAGAUUGUCAUAGAGCCACCACUGCCAGAUGCCACAUUUUAAAAAUUAUUAUUUUUUUUUUUUUUGUAAAACAUUGUUUUGUACUGUAUCUGUGAUUUCUCUUAGGCAGUUGCAGAAGACAAAGAGGGACUAAUAAUAGUUUUUUGAGAAUGGUGUCAUAAUACUUUGGCUUGUUUGGUUUCAAUGUGCUUAAAAUUUACUAUAUGAGGUUUUGAAAACAUGCUUAAAAGCAUUUCUUAUAUAUGGAUCCUUGAUUUUCUCAGAAGCAAAGAUAUGUCAGAAAAGGGCUUUUGGGGGGGGCUGAACAAAGAAGAAAUAACUAGCUCAAGUGUCAGGUCUUGUUGUAGGUAUGUUGUAGUACUAACUAUUCUGACAUUUUGCCUAAUGGUGAAAUUCCCCUGUACAUCCAACACAAUAUGGAUGUGAUGGCAGCAUGAUAACUGAAUGUACUCUAUGUGCUGCCUGUCAUUGCAUGCUUUGUUUGAGCUACUUAAGUCAAAGACAUUAGCAGGAAACUUAUGUCUAGCUCACUGAACAAAGUUGAAGUUUUAUCUUCACAGCAAGUCUGUGUAAUCAUGAAAUGCUGUGUUUUUUUUCUGAUUGUAUGGCCAUUUCAUUGUUUUGAUUGGGAGAACGGGGGUGUACCUGACUACUAAUGGCCCAUGGAAACGUACUGAAAUGCCUGAACCAAUGAUCUGUGAUUAAAGUCAGCUAUUUUUGAAAAAUGACAGGGCACAUGUACUGUUUGCCAUGCCAUGCCAUGAAAAGUAUGUAAUUAUAAUGUACUUAUGUGUAUUAAAAUAAGUCAAGUCUAAAAUGAA